AGCCGUUUUGGGCCAGAUGGCGCCCGCGCUGGCCGCGGGCAGCCCCUGGGGCCCCGGCUGAACGGCGGCGGGCGGGGCAGGGCCGCGCUGGUGGCUCGGGGCCCCACCAGGAUGGCGUCUGCGACGGUGGAGGUGCCAGUCGCCACGGCCAAGGUGGCGGGCAAUUUUGUCAAGCAGUUCUACAACGUCAUGGGCAAGAACCCGCAGGACUUAUACAAGUUCUACAAGGACGACUCCGUCCUCUGUGUGUCGCGUUGUAGCAUGGGCGGCGGACAGCCAGGGACCACCGUCUCGGUAAAAGGGAAGAGGGAGAUCCGCAACACGGUAUCCGCGCUGACGAUCGGCAAAGCGACGAUCCUCAAUAUGGACUUCCAGGAGACGCGGGGUGGGGGCAUGCUGGUGCUGGUGACGGGCUUCCUCAACAUCGAGGGCACCCUGCUCGUCCAGCACUUCACGCAGUCCUUCUUCCUGGACAAGCAGGCGGCACCGUCACCAGGGUACUACGUGCUGCACGACAUGCUGCGGUACGUCUCGGCCCCAGCGAUGGCGCAGGUGCCAAUCGUGCUGGCCCAGGGUUGCGGGAUGCCCGAGGCCGCCUUCUCCCACGCAGACGCGAUGCAGGGCAUGCAGCAGCCGAUGGUGCAACAGCAGCAGCAGCAGCAGCCCAUGGCCCAGGUCCCCGUGGCGGAGCAGCCGAUGAUGCGGGGCAUGGCGCCGCCACAGUGGUCGGGGAUGAUGCGGCCGCCUCCGCAGCAGCCGCAGCCGCAGGCGCGCCCCCACAGUCAGCAGGCCCCCGUCCCAGGAGUCGCCAACCCUGCGGCGAGCCCCAGCUUCCCCAGCUCAGGCGGGGCGGCGGCUAGCAGCCCUCGUGACGAUGUCCUGGCCCAGGCUGCCCUGGCUGCCGCCGCGCCCGCGGCCCCCGCGGCCCCCGCGGCCGCGCCCCCCGCGACCCCGCCGCGGGGCCAGGAUGGCCCAGGGCGACGCCUCAGGAACAAGGCGCUGGCGGAAGACGACCAGCAAUGCGAGCGCGCUGGCCAGCGGUCGACCGGCGACGACGCCGAGGGUGACGUGGACGAGCGCGUCGCCGAGGUGUCACUGGACAUCGAGGACGAGGACGAGGAGGACCUCGCAGCUGCGAGGAAGGAGGACGAGGAGGAGGAAGAGGAGGAUGAGGAGGAUGAGGAGGAGGAGGACGAGGAGGAUAAGCAGCCGGACGAGGAGGCUGACGAGGACGAGGCUGAGGUGGACCCCGGCAUGCUGCUCGAGGACGAGGGACCGUCGACGUGGGCCUCCAUGGCGAGCCGGCUGAAGCAGGGCUCCGGUGCCCUGGGGCCGAGCAAGGUGCAGGGCUUCGCGGUAUCCGCCGCCGCCAGCCCGAAGGGGCCCGGGAUUGCGGACAGCAGCUCGGGGCCAGGGCCGUCCGCGCCGUCGGCGCCGGCGUCGGCGCUGGCAGCGCCGCCGCAGGCGAGGGCAGCCGCGGAGGCGUGGCUGUGGGUGUCCCGCCUUCCGCAGGAGCCCGCAGCGGAGGCGCAGGAGGUGAUGGACGCCCUGAACGCUUCGCUCGCGACGUGGGGCUGCGAGGGCAGCGCCACGCAGCUGGAGCGGCGGGAGCCGCACCAGGAGUGGGCGAGCGUGCUGG